AUGUCCUAUUCAACGCUGCGACAAGCCGGUGGCGUGCUGGAAUCCGUUAAUGCCUUGUCGAUUCCCCACGAAGAAGCUCCUGAGGCAGACGCAAAGGCAUUCGGUCGCCUCUUGGCACACCCGAAAGCGAUGGAUGGCCCACACUCCACUAUUGUCAUGGUACAGGUCGAAAUCGAGACAAGUCUAGUAAGGGAUUCUCGAGAAGGAUCCGUCGCCGCGGAGAAGCGCUUCGCCGCACCACUCCCGGUCAACCUCCUCCACUUCCUAGCUCAAGAUUGGGAAAUCUACAAGUCGACCUAA